CUAAGCUCUUAAUUUUAAAAAACUACUAAUAAAUUUAAAACUAAUUUAAUAAAACUACUGAUUUAAUAAAACUACUUUUGCGGAAGAGUGGUCAGGCACUGGAAUGGGCUGCCCAGGGAGGUGGUGGAGUCACCGACCCCAGAGGUGUCCAAGAAAUGUUGAGAUGUUGUGUUGAGCCACGUCAGGAAGAGGCACGGGAAGAGGUGCGAGUUCAGGAGGGAUGGAGGUGCUUUUUUUCCCCUAAGUGCAUCCCUUGGCAUUGACAGCCGGUUGUUACUGUGAAGUUAGACAAAGUAGAUGAGCUGAGGUCUUGGUAAAGAGCUCAUUAGUGAUGACAGUGGUGUCAGCCUGCUAGAGGAGUGCUGCCCUGUAUCGCUAGUCUGCCUCGUGGCUGAGAAAGGAAAGCGUUACAGAACGCUGUCAGCCUGGAAUGAUUUGGCAAAAUUGCGAAUUACUGAAAUGAAUCUUAUCUCUGAGAAAAUAUCUGCUGCCAGCUAGCUGGGUAUCACUGGUGGAGAGCACGGUAUGGUGGCUGCAGCAGCUCACAGGGAGCGGGCGGGCAGGUGGGGGGGUUUAGACAGGUUGGUAAUCUCCAAGCCCUUGCACCAGGCGCAGCUUGCAGCCGUGCGGUGGCACUUUGCACAUGCAUGUAUUUUCACCAGCAUGCGUGUGCGUGGCUUUAUGUGUGUGCACGACUUUCUGUGCUGUGCCCCUGUUCCGUGCUAGUUUGUAGUGCUGUGAAAUAGGCUGGAACUCGCCUGUUGAUCUGGUAAAGCCAAACUUCUCUUUGAAACGUGUCCUGGAAGACAGCGCAGCCCCUGUGCGCGUUGUUGGUGCACAAACAGCACAAAAUCAGCAUGAGCGGCGCUAAGCCCGGAGAAGAGGGAUAGCUGAGAACCAAGGAAACGGAUUUUGCCUUCUGCACAGAGUGCAGCCGUGAUUGUCUUGGAGCGACGCCUGGGAGGAGUGUAAUUGUGCAGAACUGCAGCGCGUCAGAGCAGAAAUAAUGCUAUGCAGCCCAAUGGGCAGGAAUGCUGCCUGGGAGCUUGUGUGAGGACACAGAGCUCCGCUGGAAGAGAAAAGUGGCGAGGAGCUGAGCAGGAGAGGAGAGAAGAGCCUCGCUCCCCCGGCUGUGCUGGUGCAUCGCUGGCAGCAACGUGUGCACCUGUAGAGCUGCUGCUGCCCAGCCCCGGCGCUGCUCUAAAGGAGUCAUUUCCCACAGGGAAGCACACAGCAACCUGCCGGAGAUGUUCUGCUGUUUCGUUGGGCUCUCCCUCCCCUACUUCGUGAACACCUUCACAACCUCAGGAAAGUUGCCCCUCAACAGAAGUCUUGAGGAAGUGUUGGAAAUCCCAAACAUCUCGGGGUUCUUUCCCUGGGAUAACGACACGCUGGCCGACUGGCAGAGCUUCGUGGGCAGGAGCCGGCACGGAGCGGACUCUCAGCACGUCGCGCCCAAAGCUCUGCUCAUCGCGGCGUACUCCAUCAUCAUCGUCCUCUCCCUCUUUGGCAACGUCAUGGUCUGCCACGUCGUCAUCAAGAGCAAACGCCUGCGCUCGGCCACCAGCCUGUUCAUCGUCAACCUGGCCGUGGCCGACAUCAUGAUCACGCUUCUCAACACGCCUUUUACGCUGGCUCGUUUUGUGAACAGCUCGUGGAUAUUUGGGAAGGGGAUGUGCCACGUCAGUAGGUUCGCGCAGUACUGCUCGCUCCACGUCUCUGCCCUGACCCUCACGGCCAUUGCUGUGGACAGGCACCAGGUUAUAAUGCACCCUCUGAAACCUCGCUUACCUAUGGCAAAAGGCAUUAUCUACAUCUCUAUAAUUUGGGUCAUGGCAGCUUGUUUUUCCCUCCCACAUGCUAUCUACCAAAAACUCUUCACUUUUGAAUACAGUGAGGAAGUUACCCGGUGCCUGUGCCUCCCAGACUUCCCUGAGCCAGCUGACCUCUUCUGGAAGUACCUCGACUUAGCGACCUUCAUUUUGCUCUACGUCCUGCCCCUGCUGAUCAUCUCUGCUGCCUACAUGACGGUGGCCAAGAAGCUCUGGCUGCGCAAUGUCAUUGGGGAUGUCACCACCGAGCAGUACUUUGCCCUUCGCAAAAAAAAUAAGAAGACUAUAAAGAUGUUGAUGCUCGUUGUCAUCCUCUUCGCCAUCUGCUGGUUUCCCUUAAACUGCUACGUCGUCCUGCUCUCCAGCCAAACCAUCCACUCCAACAAUGCCCUGUACUUCACCUUUCACUGGCUUGCGAUGAGCAGCACCUGCUACAACCCCUUCAUCUACUGCUGGCUCAAUGACAGCUUCCGGGCAGAACUGAAGGCUUUGCUCAACAUCUGCAGAAAACCUCCUGGCCCUGCAGAGCAGAGGCUUCCCUCCACGGUCCCUUCCUACCGACUGGCGUGGCCUGAACACAGCCACUUCAAGAGGCUGCAGGUCCCUCGUGUCCCUGCCUCAGCCUCCAACAGCCACUUAGGAAAGAUGGACAUCUCUGCAGUUGAGCCCAUAGUAGCUGUGAGCUAAAUGGUGGCCCUGGGAGAUGGAUACGGACCACGCUUAGGUUUGGCUGGAGCCAGGGAGCUGGAAAGAAGUGGAGCCGUGGCCUAAGCAGAGACUGUGCCAGCUCCCGUGGUUGCACCGAGAAGCCCAGCUCUGCAGCUGGUAGUGUGAAAUAGAUGUAUCUCUGAUGGUAAUGGCAUGGAGACCCCAAAGGGAAGAAAGCAAACCUUGCCGGGAAUGAGCUCUCUUUUUGUCUUGAUCAAGCUGACUUUGGGUCUGCUGGCUGGGAGGGAUUCUCUGCAUGUGUCUCUGUUAUCUGCAUGACCACGUAUUUGUACCACUGGGGCCAUUUGUGUGCUUUGCUGGUAUUUAAACCCUCAAGCAGCAGUCUGAUGACAUCAAGCCUCCCUCCCGUUAGUCUCUCAGUAGAAACACAGAGACAGUAGAGAGAGAGAGGCAGAGGUUGCUGGUUUUAAUUUUUUUUUUCCCUUUUGUGAAAAUACCUUCAGGGAGUUGGAGGGAUAAUAAACAGCCACUGAAAAAUGGAGCUGUCUUUUACAUCGCAAACAAUCCUUCUAAGGUAGGGUUGAAGAAAACUUGGUGGCUAUUCUUUGUGUAAAUAGAUGGCGAACACCAACCUGUUAGCUCUGCGUCUGUUGCCAGUGCUAAAUCACACAGAACUGUACCUUCAUGAAACAGGCAGAAAUAUUCAUAAAGCUUUAAUUCAAAUAGAGAACUAAAGCCUGAAAACCUUGGACAUACUGUCCAUGGUCGGAGUACUGAUGGUUGAUCUGAGUUGGGACUGGGGCCUAUUAAUCAGAGAAUCAUAGAAUGGUUUGAGUUGGAAGGAACCUUGAUAGGUCAUUGAGUCCAACUCCCCCACCGUGACCAGGGACACCUACAGCUCCAUGAGGUAGGUGCUCAGAGCCCCAUCCAGCCUGGAUCAGAUGCUUUUGAUCAGAGCAUCUCUACGUUAUUGCCAGGUGGUGGCUGAAGAAUCCCACAGUAUGCCAUUUUAAUUUCUCUAUUACUGUUUCUCUCUUUUCCUGUAAAGCACCUGGGAAUUUCUCAGAUCAGACACUUGCAAUAUUUCAUCAACUAAGAUGUUAGCUCGCUGAAACCAGUUCAUAAACAAACUGCUGUAAUGAUAUCUGUGAUAGCAAGUAAUAAAAGAGGAAGAUUUUGCAAGAUAUCCUCUUGUGAAUGAACAAUUUUAGUGCAUUUAAAGACAGGUGAGAUGUGUCCUUCAUGGACAGACAUUAAGAAAUUGAUAAGACUGCAGCUAUCUGGUGUAGAUUGCAGAAAUUAAUGUUCUUAGCAGAAAAAAAUAUCAGAUUCUGAGCAAGACAAACAAAGGAGCAUUCAAAAAAUGUUGCCUUGUAUUGCACAGGGAAACAGUCACUUUCUCUGUGCUGCGGCAAUUAGCUUUGAUGGAGCAACAGAGCGCCCUGUUCCACAUUCAGCUUAUGGCAGCCAGCAGGGAAGUGAGAAAAACCUUUGUUAUUAAUGGCUAAGAGUGGGAAGAAAAAAAAAAAGGAGAGACAAAAAAUACUUUUCCCCAGUGUCCUGUAAUAAACUUCUUCUGAAAUCAUUUUAAGACUUGUGUGGGUUUUUCACACCCCAGUGCCUCAGGA